AGCCGAGGAACAGCUCUAAACCCAGACAGGAGAAAUAGAGGGAGAGGGGAGACUUCAGCUCCCCCAGCCUGGAGAUGCAGCAGGUGCUUAAAAAAAACUUCCUCAGCGGGGGAUUUGCAGUCGUGACUUUUCUAUUUCUUGUGGUGGCAGGAUGUUUGCCUCUGACUCUGAGUGGGAGCUGUGACCUGGACAGACCUGAAGGGGAUUGUUGUUGGUAUUGUACGAGCUGAAAGCUUCUCUCAGGACAAAUGAAAUCACUGGAAUCAGGUUUUCUCUGUGACGUGGACUCGACAAGCAGCUCCUGACGUUUGCUGAGCUGAGAGCACGGUGGAGAGAGGACACUGGUGGAGUUUACACAGUGGCCUGAGAGCUAAUACCUGCACAUACACCGGCAGUACAGUACAAUAAAGUACAUUACAGUACAGUACAGUGCAGUGCUACCAUACAGUAAGAUGGAAGAAGCUGCAGAGGACAUAGACAAGAUGACCUCCCAGCAGGCUCUCUGUGUCCCAAACAAGACGACCAGCAAACGGCCCAGAAUCUCCACUCUCAAGUUAUUUAUUGUGGCGCUGUCCUUCGCCUAUUUCUCCAAGGCCCUGACAGGGACCUACAUGAAGAGCUCCAUCACUCAGAUCGAGAGACGCUUCGACCUCUCCAGCACGCACAUCGGACUCAUCGAUGGCAGUUUCGAGAUGGGCAACCUGCUGUUCCUCGCUGUGGUCAGCCAUUUUGGUGCCAAGCUGCAUCGGCCUAGACUCAUUGCCAUGGGCUGUAUGCUCAUGGCGGUGGGGGCCUUCCUCACCGGCCUCACCCACUUCUUCAUGGGCAGCUACAAGUAUGACACGGUCAUAAAGCUUUUCCAGAAUGACAGCAUAAACAUCGCUGCCUGUGUGGGUCCACUGGAAGAACCUGAAAUUCUAGUAGAACCUUCUUUAGCGGACAGAAAAGCGUGUGUGAGGGAGUCGGGCUCUCACAUGUGGAUCUACGUGUUCCUGGGGAACGCUCUGCGGGGCAUUGGAGAAACCCCGGUCACACCUCUGGGCAUCUCCUACAUCGAUGACUUUGCUAAAGCUGAAAACUCUCCAUUCUACAUCGCAUGUCUCCAGACCAUUACUCUCCUGGGCCCCAUGUUCGGUUUCCUCCUGGGCUCCUACUGUGCCAGACUGUAUGUUGACAUUGGAUAUGUUGAUAUGGACAGUGUGACCAUCACUCCUCAAGACGCCCGCUGGGUCGGCGCCUGGUGGAUGGGCUUCAUGCUGUCCUCCGCUCUCCUGCUCGUCUCCAGCGUCCCCUUCUGGUUCCUGCCCCGUUCUCUGCCCGAGCAGGAGGGAGAUGAGGGCCAGCCGGCCAGCUCAACCCCGGCUGGGACAGAUGUCGCGCUCAACAACAACAACAACAACAACCACCACAACCUCAAGUUGACCGAAAUCGCCAAAGGGUUUGUUCCGUCGCUGAAGCGCCUGUUGGGAACUCCUGCUUACUUCUUGCUGCUUUGUGGCAGCGUCCUGAAGUUCAACUCCUUCAUCGGCCUCUUCACCUUCAAAGCCAAAUACAUGGAGCAACAGUUUGGACAGUCUGCAUCCAGAGCCAACUUCCUCAUAGGUGUGUUGAACCUGCCCGUAGUGGCCGUGGGGAUCUUCCUGGGAGGACUGCUGAUGAAACGCUACAAACUGAGCGUGGUGGCGGGGGCUCAGCUCUCCUUCGCCACCUCCUUCAUGGCCUACCUCCUCCUGCUGCUACAGUUCGGCACCAAGUGUGACAACAUUCCCGUGGCUGGGCUCACCAUUUCAUACAACGGGACGCAGAGUGUCUCACACGACAGAGAGAUGCUCUUCUCAGAUUGUAACAGAGACUGCUCGUGUUCGGGAGAAGAGUGGGAUCCUGUGUGCUCAGACAGCGGCAUCACCUACAUCUCUCCGUGUUUGGCUGGCUGCCUUGGCUCCAGUGGAUACGGCAAAAACACAAUUUUUCAGAACUGCAGUUGUGUGUCCGCCUCCUUCCCAGCAGGCAGCAGUACGUCGGUGAAGCUGGGUCGGUGUCCCCAUGCCAAGGACUGCAGCCGCAGCUUCAUCUCCUACAUGGCCGUGUCUGUGCUCAGCUCCUUCAUCAACUCUCUGGGAGCAACACCCGGCUACAUGGUCAUCAUACGAUGCAUCACACCAGAGCUCAAAUCACUUGCUCUUGGUAUUCAAACCUUGGCAACCAGGACUCUUGGUGGAAUUCCUGCACCGAUGUAUUUUGGGGCCCUGAUUGAUUCUACGUGCCUGAAGUGGUCGAUCAAGAAGUGCGGGGGCAGAGGAGCCUGCCGCAUUUAUGACUCUAACAUGUACAGAGUCAUCUUCCUGGGUCUGAUCACUUGUCUAAGUGGCUCCUCAUACAUAUUCAUCAUAGCCGUCAUCUUCCUCCUCAGAAGACAGUUUCGAAAGCCAGAGCAGGAAACAGAGAGACAGCGAUCGAAAGGGAAGGAAAUCGAACUUAAGACCACACUGAGCGCCACUGAGGACCAGCUCACCGCUCCCAAAAGUCACAUCCCAAGAGUUUUGGUGAGGAUGGCGUCAGAGCUGGAAGAGGGAGGGGACGUUCAAAGAACAGAGCGGCUCGCCAAAGAUGGCGGACAGCAAGAGUCCCUCUGCCUGACAGAGGCCACAGUUGAACCCUCUCCUUCUCCUGCUAAUGGAGCAAUGUUAGGGCCUCAGUCCGAGGAGGAGGAGAGCGAGCAGAAAGACGAGGUCUCCACGGAGUCAAAUAUACAAGUUGAUAAAGAGAGCACAGAGGACAAGGACGAGACACAACAUGGAUAAGAAGCUGUUGGACCACAAGGAUAAGGUCUUCACCAUCAACUGCAUAUGAAAAUGGAGGUAGACUCAAGGUACAGAGAGUAAAUCCAGCGUGGAAGU